AUGGAGAUGCUGUGGCUAUACGUGGUGCUGAGCCCCGUGCAGCACGUCCUUGCCGUGACCUGGCUGUACCUGGCCAAGCAGCCGUCUCUGCGCGCGGUCCUCCAGGACCCCAGUGGCUGCAAAGGUCUGACGGGGCUGGUGGAAGAGCAGGUCCGCGUUUGCCGGCGGCAGGUGGAAGCCAUGGACGCGGUGAAGCGAGGCGCGGAGCUGGCCGUCGAGGAGUGCCAGCACCAGUUCCACUCUCGCCGGUGGAACUGCUCCACGUUGCAAGGGCUGCAGGUCUUCGGCAAGGUCGCCAUCCAAGGCACGCGAGAGUCCGCUUUCAUCCACGCCAUCGCCGCCGCCAGCGUCGCCUUUGCGGUGACCCGUGCCUGCAGCCGCGGGGAGCUGGACAAGUGUGGCUGCGACCGCAAGAUCCGAGGAGUCAGCCCCGAAG